AUGCUACUUAUGAAGUUGGAUCGUGCCACAUUUCUAGCAUGGGAGAAACAUUCAGUGCACUUUACGACGGACAAGUACAUGGACGUGGUACAUUUUGUACAAGACCGGAUUCAAAUCUUAAAGUCGACUAACAAUUUCGCGAGUGAUAUAGUCGAUGGUUCGAGAAAGGUGGCCGGCACCUUGCGCUCAUCACCACCGCGUCGAUCGAUCGCCAACGCAGCGUCUUCGCGAUCAUCUCCCAUUACGCCAAAUUACAAGUGUCCUUUAAAGUGCGUAGAUAGUCACCUUCUUCCAAACUGUCCAGUGUUCUCUGGAAAGGACGUACAACAGCGUCGGGAAAUGGUAGCAUCAAAGCAGCUGUGUUGGAAUUGCUUGAGUGAUUCCCAUCAGGCAAAAGCUUGCAAGUCGGACUAUACAUGUCGUACCUGUCACCAGCGUCACCAUACACUGCUACAUACUCCUACUCCCAACUCAACAAUCGCUAUGGCAGUGCAAAACAACCAUGGAAUGGUGUUUUUGGAAACGGUGCGGUUGUACAUCCUAGAUGGCUACGGAAACCGUCAUGAGGCAAGGGCUCUCCUCGAUUCGGGCUCUAUGUCAAAUUUCAUCUGUGAUUCGCUGGCUCGGGAGCUUCAGGGGAUACCUCGGAACAAGGUUCACGUAUCGAUCCUGGGCAUCGGCAAUUCAUUACAGUUGAUGAAGGGAUCAAUCUUUGCAACUGUGGAAUCCCGAAACCUUACACAUGCUUCUCAGCUGGAGCUACUCAUCUUGGAUUCUCCAUUUAUGGAAAUCCCAACGUCGCCCAUUGAUACAUCGUCGUGGAAGCUUCCGGAAUUGCCACUAGCAGACCCAUCGUUCUUUGUUCCUGACAAGAUCUACAUCAUCAUUGGCGGAGAUACGUACUGGGAGCUUCAUUCCGGUAGAAAACGUUCGCUCGGCAGAGGAAAACCAUGGCUAGUGGAGACGUCAUUCGGUUGGGUCAUCGCUGGAAACACGUCAUCGGGUGCUUCGCAUGGUUCACAGUUGUGUCAUCUGGCUGCCAAUGAAACGCCUUCAUUGGAAUCGGUUAUGGAGCGUUUCUGGGAUACCGAGACAAUUGGCGAUGAUACUGCCUUAUCUGCGGAAGAGGAUGCCUGUGAGAAGCAUUUCGUGACCACCACAACCAGAGAGGCAUCCGGCAGUAAAGGAGACGAGCACAACCACUAA